UUUCUUUUUUUUUUUUUUUUGUUAAUCGGAUUGUUGAUUGUUUCCAAUCGGCCGCCAUGAGGAUUAAGAUGCCCGCCAUGCGAAUCGCUCAAGAGCCGGAAGAAAUGGCUCCCGAUUCGCUGACGUGCGGCGUCUGCAGGAAAGAGUUCCCGCUGGGAGAGAUCGUCCGCUUCAUCCAGCACAAGGUCCUCUCUUGCAACAAAGAAAACUACCGGGUAAUGUGCGCCCGCUCCGGUCGCGGCGGCGGCGGACCCGACGCUGACGACCUUUCGCUUCAAAUCGACAGCGGCGGCAGCAGCGGGAACACCGCAUCCACCACCACGGGAUCCGUUUGCUCGAGGAGGCCUAGCAUCUCGGCACCGAUCAACAGUCGCCGUUUGACAGCAACCAUCUCGUCCUCAUCGGCACUGACCUCGGCCACUGACACAGCCGACGACGUGCCAACUGAAGCUGGCGCUGGACAGAGUGAUCCUUGUUGUUCUGUCAAGGCUGAAGAGGUUGAAGAUCGUACCGGAGCCCAUAAAGGCCCAACAACAGCCGAUGCCGAAUCCAACACGGUCAACUCCGAACCGGCGUCUUAUGUCUGCUCUACUUGCCAGCGACGUUUCCGCAGUGCGUGGAUUCUGUUGCAACAUGUUCAAAACGACCACGGCGUCCGGAUCUACGUGCCGGAUGGCUGUGGCGACUGGCCUGAACGAUCCGGAGCCGCAGGGUACUCACCCGUUUCCAACCACAAGAAAUGCCCGACACCGUUGUCGCCUCACGCCGCCGCUUCAGCCCACCACCACCAGCAAUUGCAACAACAGCAACAACAACAACAGCAACAACAACAGCAGCAUCUUCAUCAACAAGCCCAUUCAGCCCAUCAUCUGCACGGCCUCAAUCCGGCGUCGUUCGCUCCUCUGGCCGCCGCCUUGGCCAAUCAUCAUCGAUCGAUUGAAUCGUCAUCGGGAUCCGGACAUCGAUUAACUAAUUCUACUCCGCACUCUGUGGCUUCCUUAGCCGCAUCAUCAAUGUCAUCAUCAUCGAUGCCACAUCUGUCCUUCCCUUUGCCACACCCGCGUAUGCCGCCCACGUCGUCCAACAGCAGCGGUGGCACUAGUAGCCAUUCCGCACGGACCGGCGGUGGCGGCAGCAGCAGCAGCGGAAAUGGCGCAUCUACAGCCGUCAACAUGUCUGCCCACUUGCCAUCGCCCGUUUCCUUCCCCAUGUUGCUCUCGGGCAUUGGCCAACAUUCGUCGCACCAUUCGCUGCCCGCCGGACUGGACCCGCACAUGCCGUUCGGUCUCCUCCGAUUGCCGCUCGGCGAGCGCCACUCGUUCGGCGGCCCUCUGCCCAAUGCCCAGCCGUCCGGCUACCCUCCGCGACCGUCUAGUCACGACCUUCUCCUCCGUGGUGGAGGCGGAAACGCGGCCGUCGCAUCCGUUUCCAGUGCCAGCUCAGAGAAUUUGAUUCCCGAACAUUUUCGCGCCGGCCUGCACGGACUGUCGGCGCUCGGCUCGUCCGGAAUCUCAUUCCCACCGCCGAUCCAAGAAUCCUUCGUUGGGGAGCGACCAACUCCUCCCGCCGUGACUCCGUCAACACCUCCAACCAGUACGCCCACCUCCGCUUCUUCAGCAGCGGGUCAAAGCAUUCCGUCUAGCGCAGCAGCCAAAGAUUCGGCUGAUUUUUAUUCGCAGCGACUGCGACAGCUGGCCGGAAAUGGUCCCGAAAGCCCCAAGCCCAACGGGCCGUCUUCUAGGUCCCGCUCUCCAUCGCCCAACUCAGCCAAGCUGACGGAAGCCAGUCCGCUUACCUCGCCCGUCGAAUCCAAAUCCAAGUCGAAUGACAACUCAGCAUCGACUCACUCUACGUUGCCGAUCGCUGCGUCCGGCGCAGGCGAAGCAACGGCCGAGGAAUCGUUCUCGACGUCCAGCCCGAAAUCUAGCGGAGACGUGCAAAGAGCUUCGAGUCCGAUAACACGGGAGCAACAACAGCCAGCGACGAUGAAAUGCUCUACGUGCGACUUCCGCUGCGCCACAACCAUCGAACUGCGGCGACACAUCAGGACGCAUCGACGCAUCCAGCGAGGUCGAUCCAGCGCAGCACUGACGCCGGACUCCACGUCGCGUCGCGACCAAUACGGAUCGGCGGCUGAGGAGGAAGACGAAGACGAUUCGGAUGCCGAUUCUAUGGGAGACGAUCGCGAUGCUGGCGACGAGGAAGACGACGAAGAUGAGGAGCUGAUUGACGACAGCGACAACGAAGACAUCGAGGAUACGGACGGCCAGGGCGGUGACCGCUCUACCGGUCAGCGCCAUCACGGUAGGAAGGACGACGACGAUUGCCCAGAAGAUCUGACCAUCAAGUCCAGCUCGGCGCCUCCGACACCGGCUCCGAGCGUCCCUAGCGACAAGCCCAGUCCCAUCCAGCAACACCAGCAUCCGCUCCACGCUCUGCAGAACUUGCGCAACCUCCACCAUCACCACCACAACCCCAAUUCGGUGGUAGAGGAGCUCAUGGACAGUCUAGGAUUCAGUCAUCUGCACCACGAAGCUGUCCAGGCGUAUAAGGAAUCGCUGGCCAAGAGCGGCGGCCUCAUGGUCGACGGCAGCAAAUCGGCGGCCGAACAGAACGGAUUCGUGGAGAAGAUGCUCCGCUUCCGCGACGAUCGCAAGAGUCUCAUGCUACCGGCCAAUGGCUCCUCACUGGACUUGGCGCCGGGUCUUUUGCGCGCCUUAGAUUCACCAGUGCUCUCGUCCGCACCGGGUUCGAAACGAAUGAAACUCGACGGAGAGAAUCAACACCAGCGGGGUGGUGAACGCGACGCGCGUGAAUCGCUUUUCGCCGCGGGCCUUUGGCUGCCUGGACUGCCUGGACUCCCCGGUCGCGAUUUCUUUCCUCCUGGAUUUACUGGACCCAUGGGUGCCAUGGAUCGCGAUUUGCUGGCUCGCACGGCCAAAUUGGGUGGCGUCGGUUCUGCCGGCGACAACAAUCCUUUCAAAAGCCUCAAUUUCGGCAUGAACUUGGGCCCUUUAAACCUCGGUGGAUCAGGGCCAGGUCAUAAAUCGGGCGUAUCAUCCCUUUCCGGUGGCCCGCUCCAACCGGGACACGGCGGCUCGCAGUCAGCGCUGCAUUCCCCAUCGGGUGGCAGCACGGUAGGUGGCGGCGGUGGCGGAAUGCUGUCGUCUUCCAUGAAGAAGGAGAGUCGCCGCAACGACACUUGCGAAUAUUGCGGCAAGGUCUUCAAGAACUGCUCCAACCUGACGGUGCACAGACGUUCGCACACGGGCGAGAAACCCUACAAAUGCGAACUGUGCAGCUACGCUUGCGCCCAGAGCUCCAAACUGACGCGCCACAUGAAGACGCACGGCCGCCUGGGCAAAGACGUCUACCGGUGUCGCUUCUGCGAGAUGCCCUUCUCCGUACCUUCGACGCUGGAGAAGCACAUGCGCAAGUGCGUCGUCCAGCAGCAGAAGAAGGCCGCCAGAUUGAACGCGGCGGCCGCUGCGGCCGCAGCCGCCGCAGCCGCCGCCGCCAACGGCGGACUCGUCGGCCAGGUCAACUUGCUCAGCAUGCCCAACAACAACGCGACCAACAGCAGCAUGUCCAUGAUCUCCGGCGGUGACGACUCCGACGACGACAUCGACGACGUCGACGAUAUCGACUCGAGCAAUUCGGCCUCCAAGGAGACGAUGUGAACCGAAUGAAUAAGGAAGUGAUACAAGUCAUGGAAUGCACUGAACAACGGAGAUGAGUACAUAAUUCGAAAGCAACGUUUCGCGAGGAAGAAGGAUGAAACGCGAGAAUUCUUACUCGGUCGAUUGAAAGAAAUGAUGAUAUACAAAAUGUUCCUCUGGAUUUGUCUGGUCGGAGUGAGGCGCACAUGUUUAAUGAACGGAAUCAGCGUCUUUACAUCGGCCAGCGCCAGGUCCUCCAACCCUUUUCCUCCUCGUUCCACAAUCUCUUGCUCUCUCUCUCUCUCAUCCCUCCCCCGCAUUGAAGCCACAACGAGCAAACCUAUCAACGGGCGGCCAAAAACAUGGUAAAUAAAGAAUAAAGAAGAAGCGGGACAGCAUCGCUUACGAACGGGGUGCAGAGGAAAAACGUUCCCAUUUGAUCUUACCCAGUAUUUUGAUGUGUUAAUCCUGCAAUAUAAUUAUGAUAGCCGAUGUUUUGUAUUCCGCCCGAAUGUCAUUUUUUGCCAUUGAUGUCUGGUUGUUCUUUUUUUUUUUUUGUCCGUCGUCCCCAUGUCUGUUGUUAUCUUCUUUCCGACCACCUACCAAUCACCUGAAUUACGGAUUGAAUCCCAACGAUGUGCUCUCGCGCGUCCUACUUUGCGUGCUCGAAUUUCAUGUUUAGUUUUUAAUUAUUAUUUUUUCCUGUUAUUUUUGUUUUUCUUUGUGUCUUUUUUUUUUGGCGGGCCCUCCCCCCUCCCCCCCGCCGAAAUGUCUUCGCAAAUAACGAGCGGUGUCAUGUUGCUAUUCAUUAAUGUUAAGAGACAGAACCACAAAGAGAAACCCCGUGAUCCUCUCACAGGUUAUUUUCAGAAGCUUUAUGUCGAUUACAGUCUUAGUUUCAGUUUACGUAUACUACCUUUAUUUUUCAAACAAGCCAGAAAGCAGAACCUUAGUUUUAAGAUUUAGUUAGCCGAUUUUUCAUUGGGAAGCAAUUGGUUCCCUCUCCUCCUACGUUUUUUUUUAUUUAUUUUUUUUUACAAUUGGAUGGCCGAACAAGUUAUGCACCAAUCACCUACCCAGUAACUGCUGCCCUGUUGCCAUGACUCUCCUUUAUACAUAACUUGGCAUGUGUAUUUAUAUAGUCCUUAAUUGAGUGAUGAAGUGACAUCUCGUUUACUUCGUUUUUCGUUCACUCGUAAUUUGGUCGAAUGCUUUAAUAAGAAGGGGAAAUGUAAUCGUUGUUGUUGCUGGCCAUCAUCGAUCGCGAUAGAGAUACGCGCUGAAAGUUCAAAAUGGAAACCUAAAUUUAAAAAAAAAAAAAUUAUAUUCUGCUGGCGAGUCUCACGUAAUCGAUAGGGAAUUGACAUCCGCUUUUUUUUUAAGUCUUGUUUUCUUUUCCAAAGCAGGGUUUCUUUCACGUUCUUGUUUUCUUUGUGCGUGCGUGUGUGUCAUUAUUGUUCUUCCCCUUUUCUUCCCCACAGAGCAAGGCGCGGUGUAACAAUGUCGAUUUCCCGAUUACGUCGAAAGUAGGAAUAAUCCAAAAAGACUUGAAAAUCAGGCACACCAUCGUUUCGGUGCAAUGUCGCCGCUACGUAUUUUCUCUCUCUCUCUCUCUCUCUCUCUCUCUCUGUGUUGUGCGCCGAGAGAUCAAUAAACAAAAUGGGCGAGUCCUGUACAGCUUGUGCAACACAGAUACUUCCCCUCUCUUUUCUUGAUUAGGUUUUCCCCGUAUUAUUUUCUUUUUGUCCUAUAUAGAGGAUAAAAGCGCGUGGUUUAGCCGUUUGUUUCGAACCCUUGUGUUUGUUUAUCAAAAGCAUCGUCUUAAAGUGUAUGUGCCCUUUUUCACCCGUGAACAUUUUUGACCAUGAUGAACAAUGUCUCGAUACCAAAGCCAGUGUGUGUUUCUUCUCAAGUUGUGUAUUUGGUUCCUCUCUUGUCCUUUGUCACCUCUACCAAUUUCUUCGUCCACCCUUCCAUCCCAUCGCAUACGUUCAUCCGCAAAUUUGGCUCCUCAUCCCAAACUAUGGAUUUAAUUCUUCUCGCGAGGAGAGGGGCAAAACAAAACUGGUUUGGGCCUAUUCUAUUUCACCGAUUUUCGGCCUAAUUAUUCACUAAAUGGACUUUUUUUUUUGCUGCGGGUGUACAUUUGUUUGUUCGAAAGCUGUGUAUUUGUUUUGUUUUUUUCUACUCUCGUCUCUUCACGCGUUUCUUGCGUUUCAUAUGAUUUACGUAUGCGUUUGUCGAGCGUGCAUUAUGCGUGAUCGUGUGCGUACAUGUGAGUGGGUGGGCCACGGUAGAGGAUGAUUGAAGUAUGUCUUCUUUUUUUUCGGAUCAGAUAGUGUGUUGCAUCUAGUUCCACAUCUCAUGUUCCUGGAUAUCCACGGCGACUCGUUUCUAUUUUCGAGCUCCGUUGGAUCAAUUUUUUUUUUUCCUUUUUUUGUUAUUAUGCUCGUUGUGUUUUUUCCUCUUUUUUUUUCUUUUCCCCUUGUCACCAAUAUUUAAUCGCCACUUCUUGUUUAUUUUUCCUUUGUCUUUUUCGGGGAAGGCGACAGUGUAUUCAUUUGUUUUCCGUCAUCUGGAACAUCCCGCAUAUAUAUAUAUAUUCAAAUCCCUCACCAAACAAGACAAAAUCUAUAAAAAAUUUACAUUAUUGUGUGGGUUCGUGUCGUCGCCGUUGAGCGUACACCAGUCAUUGGAAUCAUUAUUCAAUCUCUUUUUUUUUCGGCGUUUUGUACUAUAUACAAUUGAUUAC